GUGUGUUGGGGGCGUGUACGAUUCCAGCGAUGUAAACAACAACGCAAAAGACAAGUCUGACAGUAUUGACACCAGUACGGGCAUUCAGAUCGUCACAUCCCCGCAUCAAACGGUUCAUCUGACUUUGGCUCACAGUCAUGAACCUCCCCGUCACUGUCAAAGUGAACUUUAGGGGCAAUGUGAAGAAAUUUCCCGUCUUGGACACGAACAAAGCACAGUGGGAUACUGUAGAGGCCUGGAUCAAAACUACAUUUGGCUUGAUUCAUUUCCAAGUGAAAUAUUUUGAUGAGGACAAUGAGGAGGUGUGCAUAAACAGUCAAGAUGAAUACACAGAAGCGCUAAAGAGUUCAUUUAAACAAAGCAACCAGCUACAUAUGAAUGUGUAUAAGAUGAAAGGCCAAGCAGAGGGUGGUGCUGUGAAGACGGAUCUAAAGGAACUAAAGAUCGAUCCCAGACCAGCUCCUCCAUAUCGUGCAAGGGUUAAAAUGGCAGAUAAAGAGACCCAGGUGACCCCCGAGCGGGAAUCUCAGGCCGUUGCAAAGGAAAACAAAGGGAUGAAAACUGAAGAGGAAGCAGUCCCAACAUGGUUUAAGUCUUACAUGGACAGGUUUAAAGACCAAGUUGUGCGUGAGGUGGUGGACAGGAUGUGUAGUGAGUUUUCUGGCCAAUGUUGCACACACAAAGCCUCAGAUCCUCCUGCAGAGGAGCCAAGCACCUCCGGUACUCAGAAAGCAACCAGCUCCACAACACAAAGAGCCUCCAGCUCGACUCCAAACUGCAGUAGCUGCAAAGGACCAGCCACCGGUGGAGGAUAUCAGUGCAGUGUCUGCCCAUCUUGUAUCUUAUGUGAGCCCUGCAGUCAUAAACACGACCCCAGCCACAACCUAAAGAGAACAAGGACUCCAUUGUCUGUUCCUGAACGUGGAGUCACCCCAGAACCCAGGUUUCUGAGGCGGGGUGACAGGACAGUGCGUAAGGCAGAGAGGCAGCGGCUGAAAGCUGAGAGGAGGCAGUUGAAGGCAGAGGUGAAGGAGAUCAAGAAGAAGCUGCGGCUGGAGAAGAGAGGUCUGCUGUGGAGUGGAGCCUCCAAUGGGACCGGCACCUCGGGCCUUGCCCCUGCUCCCGCCCCGACUCUAGGACCAGCACCUGCUUCGGCCCUGUGCCCAGACCCUCAGACUUCCAGUCCAGAGGGUCCCAAGGUCUCCUGCUCCACCUUGGUGCCCACAAUGACUGCCUUGUUUCUGGAUGAGAAUCUACCAGAUGGCACAUGUCUGGAGCCGGGCACCAAGUUCAUCAAGUACUGGAAGAUGAGGAACACUGGCAACAUCAGCUGGACCUCUGAUACCAAGUUGAAGUUUAUGUGGGGGAACCUGACCCUGAGUUCUCGGGAACAGAAAGAGGUUGCAGUGCCCUUUCUGCAGCCGGGUCAGGUCGGUGUGGUGAGUGUGGCGUUUGUCGCGCCCCUUCUGGAGGGCACCUACACCUCUCACUGGCGCCUGGCACACUGCGGGGUGCAGUUUGGACCGAGAGUGUGGUGUAGCAUUGUAGUGGUGCCAAACUCAGGGCAGAAACUCAGCUCUCACUGCACCAAAUCACUGAGGACUGAUCUAUAUCUUAUGGGGAAAGAGGGGAUGUUCUGGUCAGGCACCAAAAACUGUGAUGCUCAAGUGUCUACUAGUUCCAGGAGAGAAUACUGCAUCCCCUCUGUGGACUUACUAACAGCACAGGACCUGUUGUCCUUUGAGCUGUUGGAUAUAAAUAUUGUGCAAGAACUGGAGAAAGUCCCAGCCAACACUCCAGUUGAUAUGACCCAAUCUCCUCCCCCUCAUCACGGAUCUUCAUUUGGAAAGCACGGAACGGGACCGAGCAAAGUCAAAGCUGGACGUUUGGGCGGGAAAAAAACUCAAGUGUUGCCGCCUCAGAGACAAAACGAUCUCCAGGACAUUCCAGCCAAUGAAGAAGGAGAUGAAGACAUCAGUGGGACGCAGUUUGUCUGCGAGACUGUUAUUCGUUCACUAACUCUGGAGGAGGAGCCAGAGCGCAAGCCUAAGCGCAGGGCUCGGCCCAAUUUAAGCAAGACUGACAUUCAUGACACUACCCGCAUUCAGGAAAGAUUGUCGCUGAUGAAGAAUGACAGACCUUUGCCAAUCGUUAAUAGACCUGAGGCUCCACCCCCUAUACCAAAGCCAGUCAUAACAGAAGAGCCGGUCAUGCCAGUAUUUUCAGAGGCCUUGAUUGGCUCGAAUGAGAACAUCUACACCGACCCAGCGGCACAGGAGGAGAACGAAGAGGAAGUGGAGCAAAAGGCACAUGGAAAUGAUCAUGAGAAAGAGGAAGAAGUGGGAGAGUGGGAUGAGGUGAGCAGCCAGGUGUCCUCUGCCUCAUCAGAGGACUACAUUGUCAUCCUGCCUGACUGCUUCGAUACUUCCAGGCCCCUGGGAGAAUCGAUGUAUAGCUCAGCAAUGUCCGAGAGUGCAGUCCCUCUCCCCAACCAACCGGAGGCGCCACAAGUCCAGAGCACCACCGAAGGAGAGACUGAAGAGACCACCCUUGUUCCAGCUCUUCAAAAUAGCCUGAAUAAGAUGCUCUGCACUUCUCAGAUACUGGACACCCCUCCUCUAAUUCCAGAGGUGGUACCUCCUUCCAUAACUCUGUCACCAGCUCCAACUCUUCGAUCCCAUAGAUCGGUGAGAUCUCAUGAUCUUGAGUUGGCACCAGGGACCUCUGAAGAGAGCACAUCAUGCCAGCGUGAUGAUGACACAAGUGGUUGCGUAACAGCUCAUUCAGAGGCCCAUGUUAGUGCCUUUGAGACCUGCAGCUCCCAGGAUCUCAGGGUACGUAACGGUGGGCUGACAGAGGGGCUGGUAAAGGGAGCGCUUUCUGUGGCCGCCUCUGCUUAUAAAGCUCUCUUCACAGGCCAGAGCACACCUCAGCGGCCUGCCGUUGACCCAGCGUGUGAGGAUGCCUCAUUGAUGGUGGUAUUACAGGAGAUGGGCUUUAGUAACCAGCUGCUGAACCAGAGGUUACUGAGAAAGCAUCACUACAAUUUGCUGGAUGUGGUCAGUGAGCUAGUGCAGUUGACUGACAGCGAGUGGCAUAUCUCGAGACACUAGGAAGUACCAUGGCAACCUCAAUGAGUAAUUGAAAAAUAAAAUUGUAAAUGAUUUCAUCGUGUCACAGCAAUCUCUGCAGGAGCUGGAUGGUGUUAAACGCUUCUAAUGUUCUUAGAGAAAUACGUAGUAUGGGCCCUUAAAAAGGGUCUACUUAUAAUAGCUGCUAUGAUGCAAUUACGUGAUUGUAUACUUUUAAUGUUUAUAAGACGUAAUGAAUGGGGUAACAGCAUAUGGUUUAUUUAGCAGUCUUUAUUGCUAUCUGUGCCCUACUGACAUGUAUAGACUUCUAUUAGAAAGGCUUCAGGUAUCUUUUGUACUGCUCGAUAAGCUAAGCAUAAUUUGAGAAGGUGUCCUGAAAGUUUUAGUUUGUUUGGACACUUUUGCCUCCUAGAGGAAGGGAAAAACUAUUGCCUGUGUUGAUUUGUUAUUUGUCACAGUGACCUCUAUAUUUGUAUAGCUUAUUUUUGAUCACAUUAAUUAAGGUGUUUGGCUAUUAAACUUAUAGGAAUGUGUGCAAUGAGAUUUUUUUCGUCAUGCUUGACAAAACCAGUGAUGGAGUAGAUGAAGUUUUUGCUAGGCAUCAUUUAUGAUCAUCUUUGUUAUUUUCAUGUGCUACCAAUGUAUUACUAUCAGCUCAAGGCUUAUCAGUGGCUUUUGGUGUCCAACACAGUGAAUAAAAAAACAUUCCAUAUGAA